AUGGCGAUGUCAACAACGUCUAGCGAUGAAGAGGAAAAUACUCCAAAACACCUUAAAAAACCGAGACUUUCAAAUCCUGUAUCGAUUGAAUUUAAAGAUAGUCCUGAUGACGCUGGGCUUCACCUGACUUGUUACCGGCGGUUCAUUGAUAAGAAACGUUUGGAUUCUGCCGAAAUACUGGCCAAUCGGCUGGAUGUGGGUCAAGAUGAGUUGGUGGCAUCGGACAACACUUCAGUCUCGACAAAUGACAUUCCAAAGAAAAAACUAAGAUCGAAGACGGGCCUGCCUGUCGGUUCUGCUGGCCCUGUGCUCCCUGCCAUUUGGAUCAUUUGCAAGAAAACGGACAAGAGAGUUACUGUGGGAAGCAAACGGCAGAAGGACCAUCUUUCACAGGCAGAAACGCUUUCAGCAGGCCAGUUGAGGAACGCUGCCAGGAUAAAGCAAGACAGUAGCAUUCUCUUGCAUAUUGAAGACAGAGACUGUGUGGCCAUGGAAGUGCGGUACCACAAGUCCUGUUCCAGCAUGACAAAGUCUGAUGUAACAGUUACUGGAACCACAGAUGAAGAAGUUGAACCAACCUUUGAUGCCAGCUACAACAUAUUCUGCGAGAGGAUCAUCCGCCAAAGGAUAAUUGUUAAUCAGGAGGAGCUGAGAAUGAACCAGCUACGACGAAUGUUUUUAAAUACGGUGCAAAAACAUGAAGAUUGUGAUGCUUCAAACUACAGGCAGGAUAAACUAAAGAGAAGUCUGGUUCUGGACUUUCCCCAACUGGUGUUUCAAGCGCAACAUCUGCGAACUGGUUUUUGUUGAGAAAUUGUCUGCAGAUAAGCUGAUAGACAGGCUACCUCAUCCAUCAGGUACAGACACAACUGAGUCAACUGAAGUAAGCCAAGGUGAAAGUGACACUGAACACAUGGCAAGAACAACAGCUGGUCCGCAAACUACUGAGAACACGAGGACACUUUAUAGUGCAGCGCAUAUAUUGAAGCAGCUACUAUGUGACUCUCCCGGUAUGACGUGCCCCUGCCCACCCACAUCAGAUGAUUUAAAUGUGUCCGAUGCAAAAUCUGUUGUGCCACUUGAACGGUACAAUGCUAUUGAUUGGAUUGUAGGUGCAACAGAGGAACCGACAUUAGCCUGUUAUGUUGAUAUUCCAGAAGAUGCGAACCUAAAAGUGAUAUCUGUUUGUCAAGACAUUAUGUAUCUUGCAUCUAAGGGUCAGAGGCAGACACCCAAAUCAUUAUGUCUUGGUCUAAUUA